AUGAAUAUCACGGUGCAUCUGGCUUUGGUGCUGGUGAUUCUGCUGUCGGUGGAGUCAGCUCCUGAUGGAAGGUUCAAUAGGAAACAGGAGCGUCCAACACGAGGCUUGGUAAACUUCAACACUCUAGCAGCCCGCAGCUUCGGAAAACGUGACAGGAUUGAACGCGACGUCAAUCAACAGACUCCACCAGAGCGCACUAAUCGUGGUACACCCACAUUUAAGAGCCCCUCUGUUGGAAUCGCUAGAGAUUAUGGCAAAAGAACGCCAGAUAUGGAAUCGGAAGAAGAAGUUGUCAGAGUGAUAAGAGGAAGUUUCAAGCCAAAUGCUAAAAUACUUAUUGCACGAGGAUAUGGCAAGAGACAAGAAGAGCCCACAGGAGAGGAAGAAAUUAGAGUGACUAGAGGAACAUUCAAUCCCCAUUCUAAUGUACUUAUUGCUAGAGGAUACGGAAAAAGGGAGUCAAGAGAUGAAGGUAUCAUAGGCAAAAAAACACUCACAAAAUUGCCAAAAUACCACUAA